UAUAAAUGCUCCCUUGACGCCUUCAGCCCAAUCAUUGGAGUCGAACUCUAUUGAGUGUGAAGACCUCUCUCUUCCCAGAAUCUCUCGCCGCUUCGGAAAUCAAGUCUUCAAAAUGAGGCUGUCAUUCUGGCUCCUUCUUCUGGUGUCUGUCAUGGGCGUGUGUUCCGCCGUGCCUGUGGCAAUCGGCGGAGCCGGUUUAGUCAAAACGAGCAGCGGCGAAAGUAGCAGCGAAAAUGAAAGCCCGGAAUCACCUGAGGACAGUAGCAGCGAAGAGAGUACCACCGAAGAUGGAAGCCCGGAAUCACCUGAGAAGAGGAGCGGCGAAAGUGACAGCGAAGAAGAAAGCCCGGAAUCACCUGAGGACAGUAGCAGCGAAGAGAGUACCACCGAAGAUGGAAGCCCGGAAUCACCUGAGAAGAGGAGCGGCGAAAGUGACAGCGAAGAAGAAAGCCCGGAAUCACCUGAGGACAGUAGCAGCGAAGAGAGUACCACCGAAGAUGGAAGCCCGGAAUCACCUGAGAAGAGGAGCAGCGGCGAAAGUACCAGCGAAGAUAGCAGCAGCGAAAAUGACAGCACAGAUGAAAGCACGGAAUCACCUGAGGACAGGAAGAAGGGCAAAGGCAGCAGCGAAAGUGAAAGCCCGGAAUCAUCUGGGGACAGUGGCAGUGACAGCAGUCCUUCCAAUGAGAAAAGGAUCAGCGCAGCACAUGAUCUCGAUCUCAACAAACUGAGGAGGCCUGUCCUCAAGAAAGCCUAAGAUGCCUCCUCUUCUGGCCGCGUGGCACCGACCCCGAUGCCAGAACACCGCCAGAGAGCCUCACACCCUUACGUACCCGAAGUUCUAAAUAGGAUUCAAUCCCGACAUCUUUUUGCAAAUCAGUGAAUGGUCUAAUGAAUAUGCAAAUAAACAAGAGGAAAUAAAUCAAGAAUAAAGAAAGGUAGCAUUUACGCAUCGGUGGAAGGUGCCCAAAUAUUGAGAAAUCUUGACAACGACCUGAAGAAUCUUUCAUUAUUUUCAACUGUUUUUUGGUUUAUCGUAUUGUGCACAAAAUCUAUUGUUGUUCAUUAAAUAAAUGAACUGGAUCCACGUUUCUGAUAUGAAAUAAAUUGAUGAAUAGC